AUGCCACAAAUAUUGAAACUCGCAUCCGCACAAAGCCGGACCCUCUCAACCACAUCAGAAACGCUUCAGGCCCUUGAAAGAACGACUAGACAGGCCGCAGAGAAGGGCGUUGACAUCAUUCUCUUCCCGGAAGCCUACCUAGGCGGCUAUCCACGCACCUGCACCUUCGGAAACGCCGUAGGCGGCCGCACAUCUCAAGGCCGCGACCAAUUCCUCAAUUAUUUCCACGCCGCCGUCGAUCUAGGCGACACCCCCUCCGGUGCCGGAUACGACUGGUUAGAGCGACGUCUUGAGCUGCCAAAGGGCAAGAAGUACCGCGGUGAUGGCACUCGAGAAGAGCUCGAGCGCAUCGCAAGUGAGACGGGUGUGUUCAUCGUCACGGGACUUGUUGAGCGCUGUGCUGGAACGCUGUAUUGUGGUGCGCUGUAUGUGUGUCCUAAGGCGGGUGCGUUGGGCAAGAGGAGGAAGGUCAUGCCUACGGGAAGUGAGCGGAUGAUUUGGGGACAGGGGAGUCCGAGUACGCUGAGAGCUGUUACGACGGAAAUAAAGGGCGUAAAGCUAACCAUGGCGGCUGCAAUCUGCUGGGAAAACUACAUGCCGCUUCUGAGACAGAGUCUGUAUAGUCAGAAUGUGAAUUUGUGGUUCGCACCGACGGCGGAUGCGAGGGAUAGCUGGGCGAGCUUGAUGAGGACGAUUGGGAUCGAGGGGAGGUGCGUGGUUGUUAGUGCGAAUCAAUGCGUUAAGAAGAGUCAGCUGCCGGAGUGGAUUAUUGGAGAGACCGCGACCAAGGCAACGGAGGGCCAGGUCAGCGAUGCCGAACUUGCAACAGCAGAGCCUGGUCACAACAGAUCCCGGAGAAGAAGCACCAUCACAGUCACCGAAGACAAGCAUGAGAUAUGCUGGCCCAUUGCCGAAGAGAAGUCAAACGGUGGCAAGUCCCUGCCAAACGGCGAUAGCUCAGCCAUUGAAGAUGAACCUCAAACAGCUAUCCGGACUGCAAUGCCCAAAAGUAAAUUUUCGCAGUCUACAACAUAUUCCACAGCUCAGGCUCAGGCAGACCCGAAUGUCGACGACUUCGUGUCUCGUGGUGGCUCCUGCAUCAUCUCACCGUUCGGCGAGAUCCUUUCGGGGCCAUUGUGGGAGACCGAAGAUGAGAUGCUCAUCCAGGAAGUUGAUUUCGAAGACUGUGAAAGAGGGCGCUUAGACCUAGAUGUGGCAGGAAGUUAUGGAAGAUUGGAUAGUUUCCACUUGGCGGUGGAUGGCUUGGAUCUGAACCCGCCGCCAUCGUAG